AUGGCUGCCUGCGAACACGUAUUAAAUACAAAACUGACGCCUCCUGAUCGUAAUACACAAAUCCAUAAGGAAGAAUGUACACAAUGCUUUGAUUCUCAGGACUUGCCUCAGGGAAUAGAUGUAUGCCUUUCUUGCUUUAAUGCUGGAUGCCUGGAUAAUGAUCGGCAUCAUGCAAAGCUUCAUUACCAGAAAACGAACCAUCCUUUGACAUUGAACAUACGUCGCACCGUAAAAGAGAAGCGCAAGAGAGCUAAUGAUGAGGAAGAGCCGCCGCUAAAGAUCAGCAAGCUGGCUAUUGUCCCCGAAGCUGAAGAAGAUAAAUAUGAAUAUUUCACCAAAGUCAAGUGUUAUUCUUGCGGAGAAAGCGAGAUCGAUAAGACUAGCGGUAUUUUACCAAUAAUCAUAGAUUCAGUCAUGACCUCCCUUUCAGCUUCCAAGAAAUCAGAAAUUCAAGCGUGGGAGCAGGAGAUUGUGACUUGUGAUCAUACCCGUCAACUUGUACAGGAUCCAAAGACUCUUUUAGAAUCUCAGUCAUUGGCACAUUGCAAUGAUUGUGAUCUAAAGGAAAACCUAUGGCUAUGCUUGACAUGUGGCAACCUUGGAUGUGGCAGACAACAGUUUGGUGGGAUUACCGGGAAUAGUCAUGGUGUGGCACAUUACGAAAAGACAAAGCAUCCUGUUUCCUGUAAGCUGGGAACUAUCACGCCAGAAGGCACUGCAGACAUUUUCUGCUAUCAAUGUGGGGAAUCCAGACUUGAUCCUCUCUUGGGACAACAUUUAUCUAAUUUUGGGAUUAAUGUCGCGUCUCAAGAAUUAGAACAGAACCUAAAAUUUGACUUCAGCAUGGUCACAGAAGAUGGUAGACAACUCGACCCUUUAUUUGGUCCUGGUCAUACUGGUAUCAAAAAUCUCGGGAACAGAGUUGAGAAGCAAAAGAAUAUAUAUACAUAUACAAACUUACUAGCUCUUGCUUCAUGGAAAAGUUGUUAUAUGGCUUCUGUAUUGCAGUCAAUCUUCUCGUUGGAUGAAUUUAAACAGAGAUACUUUCCGAAUGCAACGGAACAUUUUGUUACUUGUACGAAUAACCCAGCCGAGUGUCUGCAAUGUCAGAUGGCAAAGAUGGCCGAUGGAUUGUUGAGCGGGAGGUAUUCGAAUCCUGUCAAGUAUAUCGGUGAUGACGGGAAAGAGCAAACUAAACAGGAAGGGAUUAAACCAGUAAUGUUCAAGAGUUUGGUUGGGAAGGGACAUGAAGAGUUUUCUACCAUGAGGCAGCAAGAUGCUUUUGAAUUCUUUCAACAUAUGGUUACAAAAAUAGAACGAAAUGAACAUGCGACGACAGGCGGGGAUCCAACACGCAUCUUCAAAUUCAAGAGUCAACAAAGAUUGCAGUGUACAGCAAGAAAGAUUGAAAAUGCAGAAAAAAAAGAAGGCGAAGAAGAUCAGUAUGAACCUAUAUCUCUUGCAGAGUGUUUGGAUGCGUUUUCUGCUGAUAAUAUGGUUGAGUAUAAUUGUCAUAUUUGUCAGAAGACGACUGUAGCUCUAUCAAAUACACGAUUUUUAACGUUCCCAGAAGUACUUGCAGUUCAGAUGCGACGAUUUGAGUAUGUUAACUAUGUUCCACGAAAAUUAGGCGUCCCUGUGAUUCCUCCAAGCGGUCCUAUUAACUUUGACAAGUACAUUGGGCGUGGUUUGCAGGAAGGGGAAAAGCUUCUACCGGAAGAACAAGCAUCCGAGCCACAAGUAAAUGGAGCAGUGUUGAAUGAAUUGUUGUUAAUGGGAUUCCCAGAAAUACGCUGCAAGAAGGCAUUGAUUGCUACCGACAACAGAGAUGCCGAAACGGCUUUGAACUGGAUAUUUGGGCACAUGGAUGAUCCCGAUAUCGAUGCUCCUAUUCAGACAUCAAAAGCUGCUGGUCAAAGUGCAUCUGAACCACCAGAAGCGGUUGUUGCUAACAUGAUGGAUAUGGGCUUCUCGAGGGCUCGCGCGAUUAAGGCACUUAAAGAGACGAAUAAUAAUGCGGAGAGAGCAGUAGAGUGGCUGUUUAAUCACACGGAAGAAUCGGACGAAUCAAUGGAAACGGAAAAUGCUACUCAGCAAUUUGGAGACUCGACACUACCCGCCAACUAUGUUCUUCAAUGUGUUAUCUCACAUAAAGGCACUUCUGUUCAUUGUGGUCAUUACGUUGCUCACGUACAAGAAGAUGGCCAAUGGGUGUUCUUCAAUGAUGAAAAGGUCGUCGCUACUUCUGGUCCAACUCAUAGCGAAGCAUACUUUUAUUUAUUGAGGAGGGUGAGAUAA